GGCUCUGUACUGGGUAGUGUUAGGUCUGAUGCUGGUAGCUGAGCUGGAAGCGGCGUCCCGUCACGGCGUGUCUCAAAGCCGCUUGUUGGCCGCACUCGGAAAGAGUAUGGAAAUGUGCCGCGAGGAGAGUCAAUUGACGAAGGACAUGUUGCAAGACUGGAGUAAACUCUGGGAGAAGGACUUUGAUGUAAAACAUAGAGAGUUUGGCUGCACCCUCAAGUGUAUGGCCAAAAACAUGGACAUUAUUGAAGACGGCUUAGUGCAUGACGGCAAACUGAUGGACUAUAUCAGUAACAUUCAUGAUGAUCAUGACGUGUCAAGAAAAUCCGCAAAGGUGUACUUAGACUGCCAGAGUCAGGCUGCGGACAUCGACGAUGAGUGCGACCGCUUCACGCAAACAUUCCGUUGCUACAAGGCUGGACUUGACCCGAUAGGCCAUUCGCCCUACUCCGAAUUAAUCAGAGACAUACUCAACGAGUAAUCAGCCAAAAGAAAUCGACAAAACAUCGAAUAUUAAGCCAAUGGAAAAUGGAAUUUCAAUCACGUCUGCAACCGAAACUGUAAUAUUCAAAACAGAACAAUUUAAAAAUGGAGGAAUGAUUUGCCUUGUAUGAUUCACUAUUAACUGAACGGCCUUUGUAUAUCAAUUGGUACAUCGUUAGAGUGUCUAGCUCUUGCUACUGUUGGACUUUAGUUGAAAUAUACCUAAGGCUAAAAGUGAUUUAUUACAUUAUAUUCUGCCUAUCAUUACUUUUCCAGAAAUUGUUUCAUUCAUGUCAUUACAUCCCAUUACAUUAUUAUUUAGCCACUAGUUUAUAGAAUUGCAAUAAACAACUGCUCGAGCA